AGUUACCAAAAAAAAAAUUAUUAAGAAAGUGCAAGUUGCAAGUUUGCAUAGUGCAGACAGAGGAGGCAGGGCCCAUGGCUAAAUCGACGUUGCCCUAAAACCCAAAGCCUCCCUCCUCUCUGUCUUUCAGUUUUUCGUCUCUGAGACUGGGAGAAGAGAGCAUUGACUGAUAACUACUUACGAUACCUGCAUAACUACAUGGGGAGCUACACAAACGCUGUCGUUAGAGACCAAAGCGGCACCAGCAAUGGCGGAGACGGCGGCGUGGCGGUGGACAAAGGCGUCGACUUCGCCAACUACUUCUGCACCUACGCCUUUCUUUACCACCAGAAGGAGAUGCUCUCCGAUCGAGUUCGCAUGGACGCUUACUACAACGCCGUUUUCAAGAACAAGCACCACUUCAAUGGCAAGGCUGUGUUGGAUGUGGGAGCGGGGAGUGGCAUUCUCGCAAUUUGGUCGGCACAAGCCGGAGCGAGGAAGGUUUAUGCUGUUGAAGCGACUUCCAUGGCAGAACAUGCACGUGCGGUUGUGAAAGCAAAUAAGCUUCAAGACGUGGUUGAAGUGAUUGAGGGCUCCAUGGAGGAUGUUGUUCUGCCAGAGAAAGUGGAUGUGAUUAUUUCUGAGUGGAUGGGGUACUUCCUACUGCGUGAAUCGAUGUUUGAUUCAGUAAUAUGUGCACGUGACCGGUGGUUGAAGCCAACCGGAGUCAUGUAUCCUAGCCAUGCUUCUAUGUGGGUGGCACCUAUUAGGUCUGGAUUGGGAGAUCAAAAAAGUAAUGAUUAUGAAUCAUCUAUGGAAGAUUGGUACCGUUUCACAGAUCAGACAAAAAAUUAUUAUGGCGUUGAUAUGAGUGUUCUAACAAAGCCUUUCUCUCAAGAGCAGAAGAAAUACUAUCUUCAGACGUCAAUGUGGAACAACCUUCAUCCACAUCAAGUUAUAGGGACAGCUGCUACAGUCAAGGAGAUUGAUUGUUUAACUGCCUCCGUCAGUGACAUCCUCGAAAUUAGAUCGAACUUUUUGUCAACAGUUACUCUUCAGAACACAAGGCUCUGUGGGUUCGGGGGAUGGUUUGAUGUUCAUUUUCGAGGAAGAAAGGAAGAUCCAGCUGAGAAGGAGAUUGAGUUGACUACAGCACCUAGUGUAAAUGAUGGCACACACUGGGGCCAACAGGUUUUCCUCUUGGACCCUCCAAUUCGAGUCAGUGAAGGGGAUAAACUGAAUGCUUCUUUCUCAAUGAACCGAUCAAAGGAGAAUCAUAGAUUGAUGGAAGUUGAGUUCGGCUGUGAGAUUAGACAGUAUUCUGGCGAGUUACUUCCGCCUUUCAGAAAUAGAUAUUUCAUAGAAUGACCUGAACAAGGAUCCUUUCCACCAGCAUACUUGUGAGACUGGGUUGUCAGAUGUUAUCAGUCUAACAAAUCAUAUGUGCAAGUUUUGUGGGAGUUUUGCAACAGGCUUUGCAGCUGUUUUGCUAUACUCGAAUGUUCAUUAUGUUUUAAUUUUGUGAUAUUUUGGAGUUAAGUUUGUCAAUUUCAUCAGAAUAGGCCUUUAUGUUGACCUUUAACUCCUUAGUAGUUUUGCAGUGUCAUACUGGAGAGCAUUUGAACCCUUUUUACCUCCUCUCCCUCCCUCCCUUAAUUUUUUUUUUUUUUUUUGGGUUCUGUUUACAAUGCAAAAUGUAUUAUACACAUUUUGGUAAAUGUCUGAUGAAAUUUUCAAAACAAAAUAUUAUGUCUGGGGUUGAGAAAUGAUGUGGUUGCUCUUCUU